ACCAGGUACUGGCAGUCCCUGAUUUUCGCAUAGCAAGAAAGAAAUCAUCAUUUCAUUGCAAUCUCCUUCCUACUUGGGCUUUCAUUUCAAUUCCAUUUUCUACAACAGAGAAAGAAAAAAUAAAAUCCCUAACUUCGAAUGCAGAGCUAAAAUCCCUCCCUUCCCAUGGCCUGCUUUCGUAGGCUGCUUCCUCUCUGCUCUUCCAUCAACAGGACGACCUUUUCAUCUUCUGGUUCUGGAGUUGUUCAAGGUUUUCGAAGCUACGGAGGAAUUGCUUCGCCGGAGCAAACUCUGUUGAAAUUGGAAGAUGCAGAGACUCGAGCUGGAGCUGAUACUUUAGUUCUUGAUGAUGAGAUAGCACAAAUUCGACGUGAAUUUGAUGCCGCGAAGCAGAGUUUCCUCAGGGUUCCAGAGGCACUUAAAGCAAUGCCUAAAAUGAAUCCGGAAGGGAUAUAUGUAAAUAAGAACCUGAGAUUGGACAGUAUUCAAGUUUAUGGAUUCGACUAUGACUACACACUGGCUCAUUACUCAUCCAAUUUACAGAGCUUGAUAUAUGAUCUUGCAAAGGAGCAUAUGGUAAAUGAGUUUCAUUAUCCUGAAAUUUGCAUGGAAUUUAAGUACGAUCCGACUUUUCCAAUCAGAGGAUUGUACUAUGAUAAGCUAAAAGGGUGCCUCUUGAAGCUGGAUUUUUUUGGGUCAAUUGAGUCAGACGGAUGCUACUAUGGUCGUCGUAAGCUUAGCAGGAAGGAAAUAGAAGAGAUAUAUGGCACACGGCAUAUUGGUCGUGAUCAAGCCCGGGGACUUGUUGGAUUGAUGGAUUUCUUCUGCUUUAGUGAGGCAUGCCUCAUUGCAGAUAUCGUGCAAUAUUUUGUUGAUGCUAAGUUGGAAUUUGAUGCUUGCUACAUCUAUCAAGAUGUAAAUCGUGCAAUUCAGCAUGUUCACCGUAGUGGUGUGGCUCAUAGAGGAAUUCUUUCUGACCCCCAUAAAUAUCUUUUAAAAAAUGGUCAGCUAUUGCACUUUCUCAAGAUGCUCAGGGAGAAGGGAAAGAAACUAUUCCUGUUGACUAACUCUCCAUAUUACUUUGUGGAUGGAGGAAUGAGGUUUAUGUUGGAGGAUUCCACGGAUUUCAGAGACUCCUGGAGGGAACUUUUUGAUGUUGUGAUUGCUAAAGCUAAUAAGCCAGAUUUCUACACAUCUGAGCAUCCCUUCCGUUGCUAUGACGCAGAGAAGGACACUUUAGCUUUCACGAAGGUGGAUGCAUUUCUUCCUAAUAAAAUAUAUUACCAUGGAUGCCUUAAAUCCUUCCUUCAAAUUACUAAAUGGAAGGGACCAGAGGUGAUAUACUUUGGAGAUCACCUAUUUAGCGACCUUAGGGGACCUGCAAAAGCUGGUUGGCGCACUGCUGCUAUAAUCCACGAACUAGAAGAUGAAAUACUUAUACAAAAUGAGGAUGCUUACCGCUUGGAACAGGCGAAAUUUCAUAUAGUUCAAGAAUUGCUUGGUAGAUUGCAUGCUACUGUAGCUAAUAGCCAGAAAAGUGAAGCCUACACAUCACUGUUGGAGGAGUUAAAUGACCGGAGGCACAAGUCAAGUCAUAAGAUGAAGAGAAUGUUUAAUAAGUCUUUUGGAGCCACCUUCCUUACUGAUAGAGGUCAAGAAUCUGCUUUCGCGUAUCAUAUUCAUCAAUAUGCAGAUGUCUAUACCAGUAAGCCAGAGAAUUUUUUGCUCUAUCCACCUGAAGCAUGGCUUCAUGUACCCUUUGAUAUUAAGAUUAUGCCACAUCAUGUGAAGGUUUCGUCGAGCUUGUUCAAAAAUGAAUAAAUAUUAUCUCUCAACAUCGUCAUGGAUGGGUCAUCACUUAUCGUGCAGCUUCUGCUGUGUUCAUCUCCCGACAUGGCCAGUGCAGGUUUCAUGUUCAUCAGAAGUCAACAUAGUAUGCUCUGGUACUAUAAUUCAGACAGUUUUUAGGAACAUUCUUUGUAACUUGUAAGCAUAUCAAGCUGCAAGUUCUUUCAUUCUUUAAACUGCAUACUGAAACCAAAAAAUUAGUCACUGGUAAAAGAUAAAGAAAUUUAAUUAAAAAAACCACAGAGAAAAAAAAAAAUUAUUCUGCUUAUACAACAAGGGUCCAAUAUUUUAAUUUGGGUUGAUUACAAUUUUGGUCACUUGGGUUUGGCCUGAAAUCAAUUUUAGUCAUCAUGAUUUCAAAUUUCCCGAUUUCGUCCGCAGUCGUUAAUAAAUCAAGUUCAAGCCUUCAUUUCCGUCAGUUUGGCGGGGGCUUUAUUGUCCUUUCGUCCCAACCCACCAUCAGAAAAGCUCAUAACGUAGAGAGGGGCUUUUACACGAGGAAAUGAGCCCAUUGAUUCCAUUGAUUGCCUCUGCGCAUCUACCAGUCUUCAUGGCCAUGUGACUCUCUGAUUGAUCACCAAACCCCUUGCAUUCGCCACACUCUCUCCUAGGGCUCCAAAUUCCCCAAAUUUCUCAUAGUUUCUAACCAAAAAGGGGGCCAAUUGGUAUUUGUGCGGCCAAAGUCCUAGGUUUUUCAUUGACCUGUGACGAAUGUGAGGAUUGGGGAUAGGCGGUGCCGGAGCUGAAUGUGACAAUUUGGGGUGAAGAUGACAAAGCGGACUAUGUGAAGUUAAGGGGUGAUCAUGGCGAUUGCAGACCGGCAGAGGGGUUUGAGGGGCCGGUGGAGCCCUCUUUCCCCAAAAAGUUAGCGUCUUUGUGGUAUUGGGUUCGGUUGGUGUUGUUGGUCAUGUGCUUGGUUUUGUUGGCUACGGGUUCUGUCAAA